UCUUUUACUGUUUUAGCGUGACGCUUUUGCAGUGCGUAAAGUACAGUAACUGAUUGCAAGCUCGUUUGCGUUUGUUGUGUUGUUUAAGGUGCCCCUGGAUUUUGCGCCCGCAUUCUGGACAGAUUGUUGGUGAUGGGAUCACAAAUUUGAGACGGAGCGAAACCGGAAAGCAACGCUCGAUCUACAACAAUGCUGUAUAAGCACUUACGCAAAAACAACAACGACGCUCAAUCGAAAGCGAAAUCGACGUGUCAGUGCAUAAAGUGCAAGCCUGCACUUUGCGGAUACAAGAAACCUGCAAAUGCUCAAAAUAUAGUAAUAAAUAUUAAAUACAGCUCUUUGGAAUAUCUCUUAAAAUAGUGCAAAUUGUUAUCUUUGUGGCUGGGCAAGCAAACAAAAACUAAAUUGCAAUGAUCGCAUAACACACGACUUUAGCAAUGGCGACAGCAGUGGAAUCCGAUGCUAUCCCGUAUCACGCAGGCCCGGAGCAUUUUCCACCGUUUCCUCCUUUAAGCGACCACACUGUACAAUAUUUUCGCGCAGUUACUCCUGAGAAACGAACGGUGUUUCAAGUGUUCGAUGAAAAAUUUAAAGGUCUGCGCUUGGAUUGUUUUCCCUACCGAGAAGCAUUAACCCAGGUCAACACACCAAAGGUCACCAAAGGCUUCGAAAGGAAGAAGACUCGCAUUGAUGAGCGAUUUGUGACAGAUUUCGAUUGGGAAAAGUGCGACGAGAAAACCUUCCUCACCAAAUGGAAGAGCUCGCCGUGGUACGUGGAGUGCGGUUGGACGGACGAUCUGGAAGGCAUCCAGUGGCGUUUGCUCAGAGCCAUACGGCAACCGCGCCUGUCGGCCAUCUUUCAGCAGUUCACGAACCUGAUGUUCUGCGGGAAAGAGAUUACCACAAUCGAUGCGCAGUUGAUGAUACUACGCAAUCUACAAGUGCUGUCGCUGCCCAAUAACCGUAUCGAAUCUGUGGAUCUCCACAAUCUGGGAUCAUCUGUGCAGCAUCUGGAGUUGUAUGGGAACUGCGUGAAACAAAUCACCGGCACGCCGCCUCCCAACCUUCAGCACAUCGGCAUCGCAUUCAACAACAUUGCGGACUUGACAGGCGUUCUUCAUAAAGCGGAUCUAAGCCAGCUGACAUCGUUGGACAUUUCCGCCAAUCAGAUUGUGUCGGAUCAAAGCGUCCUGGAGGCGCUAGCUCCGUUGACCACUCUGAAAAAUCUCCACGCUGCCGGAAAUGCAUGUUCGUUUUUCCGAACGUACAAAAUGUCACUGGUGGCGUCCAUUCCACGACUCGUCGCACUCGAUGGCGACUACAUUACUCCUGCCGCCCGCGAAGAGCACUUAUCGGUUUCCUACGAAUCUUUCAAACCCAUGGAAGCUAACAAGCAGAGCGUGAUUCUGUUGAUUAUUGAUGAUAUCAAAGGCCUUCCGCAACCUACAGAUUACAAGGCGCCGUUCGAGCAAGAAGCGUACCCGUUAACAAAAUGGGUGCACACCGUGCAAGUCCUGUUUCCCGGUAAACUUCUCACCAACAAACCGCCACCCCCACCACCGACACCCGAGCAACUCAAAGCCGAAGAGAAAGCCAAAAAAGAGAAAGAAGCAAAAUCCAAGAAGAAUCCCAAAUCUCCAGCACUACCUGUUCCGGUGGCGCCGGUGCCUGAACCCACCGAUCCGCUGUACGACGGUAUCCCGGGUAUCGAAAAAGUUGCGAGCGAUAGUUUGGAUUGGGCGUGGGCUGACCCGCUGACCAUUGCCGUGCCGGUUCCGCUGCUGUUUAACGCGGAUGUCAACGGCAUUUAUGAGUACAUUCGGCGCGGAAUGAAGGUCACGCUAUUCCAGAAGAAAGCGGUGUUUACCCCGAAGCCGGCGGCCGGUGGCAAGAAGACCAAAACCAGCAAGGCGUUACGGCUAACUAAAGGUCAGAAGCCAGAUCUCUGGGAUGUGCCGUUAUCCAGCGAGAUUGUGGAAUCGGCCGAACUGACGACCUGCGUGGUACCCACCUUGCCCUUGCUGCAUGGUGACCGGGAAGCCAAGUUCCGCUGGGAUUUUAUGGUUCCAACGAUUGUACCGCCGCCGCCGGAUGCAGCACCAUCGCCCGCUGCAGGGAGUAAGAAAGGCAAACCUAACGACACCAAAGGAGCGAAAGGCAAAGGAAAAAAUGCACCAGUUGAGCCACCGGAAAUCAAGUUGGUUCCCGCCACAAUCAACUUCCGGGUGAAGAUUCACCACGACGAACGCCCGAACGACCUAUUGAUGUACCCACCGGAUGCUGGCCAAACUCGAGUUGAUACGGCAGAGGAUGCUGCGAUAACUAAGACCGUUAAAUAAGAAAAUGUUGUUCUGACUCGGUAAGAAAUCCUGUACUUCGUAUGGUUCUGUUGCACGGUAAAAGGGAGAAUAGUUCUUUUUUGCAUAUUUGCCUAGGUUUUCGCAUCCUGCGUACGAGUUUUCGUAAUAAUAAUAUUUAACUCUCCUGAUGAUAUUUUCGUAUAUUUUUAUGUAUUAGAAACGCCGAUGAAUGAGCAAUAAUUAAUAAUCAUGUAUAUAGUUUUCUGAUGCCACAUAAACGAUAGCUUUGCCUUACUGAUA